AUGUUUCGGCACAUGCCGCGGUGCCUUGUUUUUCCGGAUGCUGGACAUCGGUCGAGGGUCUCGAGAAGGCGCUAUUUCCCUCGAAGCGUCGAUCAAGAACUGCGGCCGGACAAAACAAUGGAGCGCAGCACUGCGGUUGCUCCGCGAAGGAAUUCGAUCGGGUUCGCAACUUGUCCCAAGCCACUAUGUUGCGACUGUCAGCGCAUGCAGAAACGGCGGGCACUGGCAACACGCGCUGUCAGUACUGAGCGAGAUGUGGGAGGCGAAGCUGGAGCCCAAUCGGGCCCUGGUUCUGCUGAGCGAGAUGUGGGAGGCGAAGCUGGAGCCCAAUGCCAUCAGCUACAGUGCUGGGAUCAGCGCGUGCGCGAAGGGCGAGCAGUGGCAGCGGGCCCUGGCGCUGCUGAGCGAGAUCGGGCCCUGGCGCUGCUGAGCGAGAUGUGGGAGGCGAAGCUGGAGCCCAAUGCCAUCAGCUAUAGUGCUGGCAUCAGCGCGUGCGAGAAGGGCGAGCAGUGGCAGCGGGCCCUGGUUCUGCUGAGCGAGAUGAGGGAGGCGAAGCUGCGGGCCCUGGCGCUGCUGAGCGAGAUGAGGGAGGCGAAGCUGGAGCCCAAUGCCAUCAGCUACAGUGCUGGGAUCAGUGCGUGCGCGAAGGGCGAGCAGUGGCAGCGGGCCCUGGCGUUGCUGAUCGAGAUGAGGGAGGCGAAGCUGGAGCCCAACGCCAUCAGCUAUAAUUUUGGGAUCAGCGCGUGCGCGAAGGGCGAGCAGUGGCAGCGGGCCCUGGCGCUGCUGCGCGAGAUGAGGGAGGCGAAGCUGGAGCCCAAUGUCAUCCCUCCCAACAUGCAGCGUUCACCGCUCUCAGCUACAGCGCUGGGAUCAGCGCGUGCGAGAAGGGCGGGCAGUGGCAGCGGGCGCUGGCGCUGCUGA